CAUUGUAGGAGAAAGAGCAGAGCAUGCGUGGAUGUUCUCUUUUUUGAGGGUAAGGAGUGAUUUUAGUCUUUUGCUUUCUCGGAUUUCAGAGGAGAUCGACAAAACCAUGAAAUUGGGUCGACAGAGCGUGCAAAUGGGUAUCCGUUGAUGUAAGUUUUUGUGGGUGACUCGGCGUGUUGGGUGAUCUGUGGAAAUUUCUCUGCAAAAAGCUGUUGGGGAUAUUUGAAACAUCUCGUCUUACCGGGGGUCUGUUUUCGUCAACCAAAUCACCAAUUUCUACAACGGAUUACCAGCCCGUCUCAUUGAGUUUUGGCCUCCAAUCCCAUUUAACAAGUUUGCUUGAUAGGUCUUUUAGUGGUGAUAACUUACGUAAACAGCUUUUAUUUUCGUUUGAAGCACUUUUUCUGAGUCUUGGCAGUCAUUUCCUCCCCCCAUUGCCCCAUUCGAGUACCCAUUUUGUUCAUAUUUCAAUUUGUCCCCUGACCCAUAACAUCAUUCAUUUAGUAGUCAGUACUGUAUGUCCUCUUAACUCCUACUUCCGCCUUUGCCUUUAGUUGCAGACUAGUUUGAUUGUCUUCAGGGACUCUGGGACUCUGCUAAAUUGUCAGUUCCAGGGCAACCCAUUUUGAAUUCUUCUGUCUGAAACCCACAAACACUUUGCAUAGAUCUUGGAACUUAGGUCUCCCACUGUGUCAGCACCGCAGGGAAAUACCCUUUUAUACGUAUAUCUCUGUGUCCAUAUCGUCCGGUUUUGACACUUGAGGGCCAGACUAACUUCGGGAGGACUGCAAGUGGAGAGGGCUUUUAGGCCUACUUUCGUUGAGCUAGGACGAUUUGGAGGUCUUCCAGUGAAAGCAUCGGAGAACAUAUUUUGCAUUUGCUUGUCUUUGUGGCUUCAAAGUUGAAUCGUGUUUUAGUUCCAUAACCAAUGGGAACGGGGGAGGAAGGAACACCAGCCAAGACUCCCACGAAACCAUCUUCCACAAGUCAGGAGACACCAGCUACACCUGCAUACCCGGAUUGGGCUGCGGCUUUUCAGGCAUACUAUGGUCAAGGAGCCACACCACCCCCUCCCGCCUUUUUUGCAUCAACAGUUGGAUCUGGCCCAACACCACAUCCUUACAUGUGGGGAGGACAGCCUUUGAUGCCACCUUAUGGGACUCCGCUUCCAUAUCCUGCCAUGUAUCCACAUGGUGGAAUCUAUGCACAUCCUUCAAUGCCUCCGGGUGCACUUCCAUAUGGUCACUAUGGAUUGCCAUCGCCCGGCAAUGCUGAAGUUACAACGGCUGCAGCACCGCCAAAUUCUGAAGGAGAAGCUAAGACUUCAGAAGGCAAAGACAAAAACACAAUGAAGAGAUCAAAAGGAAGUUUAGGAAGCCUUGGAAUGAUAACUGGUAAGGGAGGGGAAGGGGGGAAGGCAACAUCUGGAUCUGCAAACGAAGCUGGAUCACAAAGUGGGGAGAGCGGUAGUGAUGGUUCAAGUGAAGGAAGUGAGGAAGACAAUGGCCAAAAUGAGUCGCAAGUUGCAAGAAAAAGAAGUUUUGAUCAAAUGAUUGUGGAUGGUGCAAAUGCACAGAAUAACCAUGUUUCUGUAUAUAAUGCUCAAGCUGGAGAAGCAUAUAUGAAUUCUGGCGGGCAUGCUUUGGGUAAUCCCAUUAGUCAAACUGUAGCAGUUCCACUGGGUCCUGUAACAGGAAAACCAGCAGCUAGUGGGCCCAUUACUAAUUUAAAUAUUGGCAUGGAUUAUUGGAAUGCCUCUGCUGCGGGAGCCAUGACUACUGUAAAAGCUAGGGGUAGUAUUUCAACAGCUAUUGUUCCAACAACUGCACAGCUUAUGCCAUCUGGGCGUGAAGGUGUGCCUCCCGAGUUAUGGAUCCAGGAUGAACGGGAGUUAAAGCGACAAAGGCGAAAGCAAUCUAACAGGGAGUCAGCCAGACGUUCAAGAUUGCGAAAACAGGCUGAGUGUGAAGAACUGGCAACAAAAGUUGAUACUUUGACUGUGGAGAACAUGUCUCUUAGAUCUGAGCUAAACCGCCUGGCAGAGGAAUGUAAAAAGUUAACUGCAGAAAAUGCAUCAAUGAUGGAACAAGUGAACAAAGUGAAUGGGGAAGAUACAGCAAAUGCUUCCGAGGAGAAUGGUCCUACUAAGAUAAGUUUGCAGUCAGUAAAAGCCGAAGGCAAUGGACAUUUUCAUGAUAUAACAAGGGGAAUGAGUUCAAAUUCCAGUGAAAGAAACGAACAAAGGCAGAGUGAGAAAUGUGACUCAAAUGGGAAGGCCCAUACGUUAUUAGAUGCUAAUGUUCGAUCUGAUACAGGUUAACAUAUACCGUUAUGCUUUUUAAUUUAAUGUAGGUAGCAGAUUGGAGAUAAGGAGACCAUACUGUUUUCUUUGUUCUGGUCUCCUCUCCAAACUUAUAAGCACCAAUGAAAUGACCAAAGCAUGUUAAUUUAGAAUGCUCCUUAGUUUGUGUUAUAAAGACCAUUUAUGUAAAGAAGUGAUCUGCGAUAAAACAUUUUAAGCGUGUUUAGGGACAGCCAUGAUCAGAUUGUUAUUUGGUAGAGCUGAACUGCUGUCUGUAAUUUCUUACUCCGGGGCCAUCUAACUUGCCUCAAUGGCCCAAUACAGUUAUUUUCCUUGCUUACAAGAUAUGACAGGCUAUCAAAAAUUGUGAACAAAAGAUGGCUGGCGUUUUUAAUUAUUCCUGUUCGUGUAAUCAUGCGUGUCCGGAGAUUAAACUAUAUCCUUCAAAAUGUUCUGUAAUCUGUUCUUUAACAACUCAUAUGUAUAGUGGACUUGGUUUAUAUUUUUAUAGCUAUUGGAUGGAAUAUAAGUGGCAUUGUUGGACUUGA